CGGGGCUCGGCGGCGGCACCGGAGCCAUGGCAACCGCUCGGAGAGACAGGACCGCCCCGGGGGAGGAGCGGGAGCGGCCGGAGAAGCAGGAGCGGAAGCUGGAGGAGGAAGAAGAGGAGGAAGAAGAGGAGGAAGAAGUGGCUUUCCGCGCCCCCCGAGAGAGAGAUGCAGGGGACUCUUAUGGAGCCAGGAUGACUUUCAGUGCACAGAAAUGUGGGAUCUGCUUCCAGCCCCCCGCCAUCAUCCUCAUCUACAGAGACAACAUCCAGGACAAGACUCGCCAGCGCAUCAUGCCCGUCAGGAAUUUCUCCAGGUUCUCAGACUGCAGCAGGGCUGCCGAGGAGCUGAAGAACAACCCUCGGCACAAGGCCUACCUGGAAGGGGUCUCGCUGCGCCAGCUCCAGAAGCUCUACAGCUUGCUGAGAGAUCAUUUGGAAGGACAGAGCCUGUCUGAGAGCUUGGAAAGGUAUCAUCAUGAACACACCAUUGACCCAGAGGAGGAUAUGAACCAACUGGAUGACUGGGAACUGGCCAAAAGGAAGAGCAUCAUGGAUGAGCUCUUUGAACAGAACAGGAAGAGGAAGGAUGACCCUGACUUCGUGUACAACGUUGAGGUGGAUUUCCCAGAGGAUGAGCAGCUGGAGUCCUGUGCUUGGGACACUGAGUCAGAUGAAGAAAUGUGAUUCCAGACAAAGAUGGACGGUUCAGAGACAAAUCUCAGUGUCCCAGCAGAGAGAACAAUGUCACCAUACACUGGCUCAGGAGAACCUGAGGUGCCACAGCAAUCCCAGGCUUAAGUGAGCUUUAUUUAAGAAGCCAGACUUGAUUAAAUGGAAACUGCAUAGCUGAAA